AUGUCCACCUCACAUAAUCCCCUCUCCUCAGCGCCCGAGGAUCCCCAAAAAGCGCACCCCGGAGAAUAUGGAAGUCAUAGUGCCUUGUUAAACACAUCGUCCGAUACACGUUAUGAAAACGCAGCCAGCAUGGGAGAACACGAGGCUGAUUUAGGAGAACUCGUCCACGUCGACCCGUCUCCGUUGGACGAACCGACUGCGAGAAGUAGCAUCGCCCAUGGCGAGUUAGACCCGGAAGAUCUGAAGAGAUUAUCGCUCUCGUCAAAGAAGCCGGAGCGCCUAAGUCUCCAGACUCAACUCGACGUCCCCCCCACACCCCCGCAGAAGGAUGGAGUAUAUAUCGACCCUACCCCGAAGACGCCACAAGCCUCUCAUUCUCCAGUAGGAGUCGACUACACCGAGAAAGAGUUACCAGAUGUACCUCAACAUGAAGAACGGCUACAAGAAACGCAACCGCAAAAGGGGGGUAACGCAGUCAACAAAACCGACGAUGAGCAAUCGGAGAUUCAGAGUAUAAUGGACCAGUUCUCGGACGAAACAAAUGGACCAAAGGAGACGGAAAUCAUGUCACCACGCUUAGAGCUUGCGGAGCAAUUCAAAGGGAAAUCUGCCCAAUUCCCUCCGCGUCGAUCGAGUCUAGAUCACCUAAAGCCCGUUGAUAGUAUCCCUUCGUCGGCUGGAACGACUUCCAUAACACCAAUUACCGUGCCAAAGCAAGCACCUAGUGCUGGGUCCGAAGUUCCGGGGACUCCUCGAUCGGUAUCCUCGAUGUCUGGGCUCCCACCUCCUGAGCCAGAGUCGGAUCAGCCUUUUGAUUUUCAUCGUUUUCUCGAGCAACUUCGACACCGCACCGCAGACCCUGUCGCCAAAUUCCUCCGAUCAUUUCUAAUGGAAUUUGGGAAGAAGCAGUGGUUAGUUCACGAGCAGGUUAAGAUAAUAAGUGACUUUUUGGCUUUCAUUACAAACAAAAUGGCGCAAUGUGAAGUCUGGAAACAUGUUUCUGACGCGGAAUUCGAUAAUGCCAAAGAAGGAAUGGAAAAACUGGUCAUGAAUAGGCUGUACGGGCAGACCUUUUCUCCGGCUAUCCCACCGCCACCAUCAGUGCCGAGGAGUGUGAGCAGGAGUAAACGGAGGGAACUGGAGAGACUGCAUGGACCUGGCAGACGCGGUCAGCACCAGGAAGAUGUUGAGCGGGAUGAAAUAUUAGCACAGAAAAUUCGGAUCUACAGUUGGAUACAGCCAGAGCAUCUGGAUAUUCCUCCUGUUGGUAACAAUGGCCGGCGUUUUAUCAAUCUUGCACAGCAAGAAUUGCGCAAAAUCAAAGGCUAUAGAGCGCCUCGGGACAAAGUUAUUUGCAUUCUCAACUGUUGCAAAGUCAUCUUUGGCUUGUUGAAACAUUCCAAGAACCCCGAUACCUCAGCAGAUUCAUUCGUUCCUCUGUUAAUUUACGUUGUGUUGAAGGAGAACCCGGAACACUUGGUCUCUAAUGUCCAGUACAUCUUACGUUUCCGCAACCAAGACAAGCUGGGAGGAGAAGCAGGUUAUUAUCUUUCUUCUCUAUCUGGUGCUAUUCAGUUCAUCGAAACACUUGACCGAACGAGCUUGACCGUAAGCGACGAGGAAUUUGAGAAGAAUGUUGAGGCUGCAGUUUCUGCCAUUGCUCAAGAAAACUUGAAGGCGGAGUCGGAGUCAUCAUCAAGCGCACAUGUAACACCACGAGCAUCGACAGAUGCCGAACGGUAUGCACAUCGAAAAGAUGGUCCAUCUUUAGGCGAUGGAGAAAAUGCCCCCGUUGCUGGACUUCUGAGGACUAUUCAGAAGCCGCUGUCUACGAUUGGGAAGAUAUUUUCCGACGAUACAGAGCAGGAUGCGACUAGAAACGCACAGGCACCGGCCUCCUCAGCAGCGCCAGCACCCAGCCCUCGACCUCCCCCAGCUGGGUACACUAGCGAUGAUCGAGUUCCGAGUGCUGCGAACGCAGCUUCUUUAGAUGCUCAGGAGGCGGCAGCUCGGCAGGCGAGCGCAGAGGCUGCAGAAGCUCGAAGGAUCCAGCGCGCGGAACAUAAAGAUGUUGUAGAGACGUUGUCGGCGAUGUUCCCGAACUUGGAUAGAGACAUCAUUGACGACGUAGUCCGAAUGAAAGAGGGCAGAGUCGGACUGGCGGUGGACGCUUGUCUUGCCCUUAGCAGUACCGAAUAA